CUUUCUUUCUUUUUUUUUUCCUCUCUAUUACACAACAAAAAAAAAAAAAAAUGGCUGAAUACGGAUACCCAAAUCCUCCUGAAGGAUAUCAGGAAGAUGAUGAAUAUAACAGUAAUCAAAAUAAUUCAUAUUAUUAUACCAGAGAGAAUUCCACUUUUGAUAACAGCAAUAAUUACGGAUAUCCACGUUUUUCAAACGGUGCAGGCGAUAAUUAUGACCCAGUGUUUUCUCAAGAAGAUUAUAAUUCUCCUAACCCAAAUUAUCCACAACCACCAGAAUCAAAAUAUAAUCCUGGCCCUAAUCCAAGUACUAUAAAAAAAAAAAGCCCUGCCCUAAACUUUAUUUUGUUUACAAACUACUAACAUAUAUAUUACAUUGUAUUAGUUCCCUAUGGUGGUAUGGUAAUACACCAUACUGAAAAUGAGCCUGGAAAUCAGUUCUAUUUGCACGUUGAUCCUAAUGUUGAUAAAGACAAUAUGCCUGAUUUUGAACUUUCCAACUGUCGUGGUAAAAAAAGAGCUUUACUUGUUGGUAUAAAUUAUACUGGAACAAACAAUGAAUUGAAUGGUUGUAUUAAUGAUGUUGAAAAUAUCAAAAACUUUAUUAUAUCUUUAUAUGGUUUUCGUGAGGAGGAUAUGGUUAUCUUGACAGAUAAUCAAGAAGAGGAGAGAUUUAGACCUACUCGUAGCAAUAUCAUUGCUGCUAUGCAAUGGCUAGUUCAUGAUGCUGAAGCAGAUGACUCUUUCUUUUUCCAUUAUAGUGGCCAUGGAGGUAGAGUAGCCGAUGUACAUAGUGAUGAAGACGAUGGCUUUGAUGAAACAAUUUAUCCAGUGGAUUUUGAAAAGUAUGAAGGAGAUUCAGGACAGAUUACUGAUGAUGAAAUGCAUAAUUUACUUGUUAAGCCUUUACCUGCCAAGUGUAGAUUAACUUGUAUAUUCGAUAGUUGCCAUUCAGGCACUGUUUUAGAUUUACCUUUUGUUUAUUCUACUAAAGGAGAAAUCAAGGACAGUAAUUUAUUUAAACAUGCAGGUAAAGGUCUCCUCUCGGCUGGUAUUGCGUAUGCACAAGGUGACAGAGAUGGUGCUUUAUCAUCUAUCAUGUCCCUUGGUAAACAACUAUUUGAAAUUCAUAAUAUCUCUAAUGAAUCAAAGCGUAAAAACUUUUCUCCUGCUGAUGUGGUUAUGUUUUCGGGAUGUAAAGAUGAUCAAACUUCUGCAGAUGCUAAUGAAGCUGGAAGAGCUACAGGAGCCAUGAGUUAUGCUUUUACAAAAUCACUUCGAAAUAAUCCUAAUCAAUCUUAUCAAGAAUUGUUGAAUAGUGUUCGUGACAUCUUACGUGAUAAAUAUUCUCAAAGACCUCAACUGAGUUCUUCUCAUCCUAUUGAUGUUAAUCUUCAAUUUACAUGUUAAAUUAAUAAAACUAUCAUUUAUUUAUAGUAUUUAUUUAUUUAUUUAUUUAUUCAUCUUCAUCUUCUGAUUCUAAGCCAGCCUCCUCAUCUUCAAUAUCCUCUUCAG